GUAGUAGGCGUACCAGGAAGUAGUUGUUUUGCAACAACUGGCUUACAUAUUUACAAUAUCACGUACCUUCUGUUUGAAAUAUAAAUUUUGCGUAUUGUUGUUGUUUUGUUGUCUUUAUUAAAACAUGGCCAGCGUCGACCUUGUUCGCGUAGGGAAGAACUUGUUGAAGAGCGCUGACAACGGGGAGAGUGUCGAGCUCCAGUCUCUAUGGCAGGAUCGGCCAGUAGUCUUGUUCUUCCUGCGCCGCUUCGGGUGCCAAAUUUGCCGUUGGACAGCGGCCGAGAUUAGCAAACUGGAGCCUGACCUGAGCGCCAACAACGUCGCUCUGGUGGGAAUCGGACCCGAGGAGUUCGGCCUCGAGGAGUUCAAGAAGUUGGGCUUCUUUAAAGGAUCAAUUUACAUCGAUGAGCAAAAGAAAUGCUACAAGGAUUUGGGCUUUAAAAGGUACACAGCUUUGAGUGUGGUUCCCGCCGCUUUGGGGAAGAAAGUACGAGAAGUGUCUUCAAAGGCCAGCGCUGACGGCAUACAGGGUAACUUCUCUGGCGACCUGCUCCAAAGUGGAGGCAUGCUCAUCGUUGCCAAAGGGGGAGAAAAGACUUUACUGCACUUUGUCCAGGAAACCCCAGGUGACUAUGUACCAUUGGAGGAUAUUGCAAAAGCUUUGUCCAUUUCCUCCAAUGCGAAAGCGGGACAGAAGCCAGUGUGCAAUGAUGACGUUUGCACCCGAUGAGGUCGUCGCAUAUCAAGUUUGAUUUUAAUCUCAUCCAGUCGCAAGACCAGGCAUUUAAUUGUACACAAAUGAUUCUCUUACCUUGUUUGGAAAAUCAAUUUGCUUUUAAUAAAAUCACGGUCAUACUUUC